AUGACUAUUGGCGUCGCUAUCAUUGGCAGCGGCAUCUUUGCCCGUGAGCAACAUCUCCCAGCAAUUAAAGAAGCGCCGAUGUUCUCGCUGAAAGCCAUAUACUCGCGCUCGCUCAAAUCCGCGCAGGGUCUGGCAGAAGGCCUUGAGGGUGUUGAUCUGUAUUCGGAUGACUCAGGCGCAGGGAAGAGUUACCAAGAUCUCCUUGCAAGACAAGAUAUCGGAGCUGUUAUUUUGGCCCUCCCCAUCGUCGCGCAACCGGCAUAUAUCAAGGAAGCCCUGGCUGCUAAGAAGCACGUUUUGUCCGAAAAACCGAUCGCCAAGGACCUUGCUACCGCGCAGGACCUGAUGGCAUGGUACAAUGACAACGCCAACGUUGACAAGUCCAAGACGUUUUGGGGUGUCGCGGAAAACUUCCGCUUCAUUCGGAAGUGGCUGAAGACAGCAGAGGAGGUGCAGAAAUUGGGGGGCGUGAAGACUUUCCGAGUCGUUGUGCGAAAUAAGGUUGGGACGGAGGGGAAGUAUUUUAGUAUAGACACACCCUGGCGUAAAAUCCCAGAAUAUCAAGGUGGAUUUCUCCUCGAUGGCGGCAUCCAUACUGUGGCUGGUGUUCGGCUCAUCCUUGGUCGCGGAAAGAACAGUCUUAAAAGUCUGACCGCGCAGACAAGCCAACUACAGGAACACCUGCCGCCUAUAGAUACGGUCGACGCGCUGCUGACGACGGCAUCCGGCGCCGCGGGUGUAUUCAGCCUUUCAUUUGGAUCUGAAUUCAAGAGCUUUGUGCUGGAGUUUACGUGUGAGAAGGGUGUGGUGUCGCUGGUUGAUGAUCAAUUGACCGUUAACGGUGUUGCAACCGAAAUCCCUUUUGAAGGGGUCGGUGUCAAAGAGGAAGUCAAAGCAUUUGGAGAGUCGAUCGUUAAUGGAGAGUUGAACAAGAAAUUAGUGCCGGACGAGGCGUUGGCGGAUCUGGAGGUUCUGGAGAUGAUGUUUAGAAGUGGCGAGGAUGGUGGACGGAAGACUUUGAAGUUGCAAGACUGA